AGCUUGGUGCUGUGGUUGAUUAUUGUAGCAUGUAGAUGAGAACCGGAGUCUCAAAGCGGGUUGCUGGAGGUGACUUUCCAAGGUAGCAGACAAAAAAGGAGAAUUUCGGUGAAAGUUUGCCUCGACAACAUGGAUUACUGGAGUGCCGUGGAGGUGUAUAAGGAGAUGGUCCAGCUGUACCUGGAGCAGGGCAGGCAGCAGAUCAACUCCCACUGCGGAGACUCGGAGCCAUGGCAGAUCAUCGGAGCCACAUUCAUCACCACACUGGGAGCAGUCUGGAUAAAAGGCUUCCUGUUCCAGCAAGAAAGUCUCACAUCCCGAAUCAAGAAGCAGUGCUUUCGACUCGUCAGAAAAAUACCCUUUGUUGGCGGAGCAAUUCAGAGCCAGCUCAACAAGGCUUUAGACGAUAUGUCUACCAGUCUAUGUACUCUAAAGGACGGGAUGAGCUAUAUUAAACAGCUGCCCUCUAAAGGACUCUCUCAGGACCAAGUGCUGGACAAAAUCAGAGACUAUGAGACUCUGAGUGAGGUUCAGUGGGAGAAAGGAUGUGUAUCGGGUGCAGUGUACUGGGGUGAUGAAAAACUGACCAAUCUCCUUGUUAAGGUAUAUGGAGAUUUUGCAUGGAGCAACCCACUGCACCCAGACAUCUUCCCAGGUGUAAGAAAGAUGGAGGCAGAGGUCGUUAGGAUGGCUUGCUCACUUUUCCAUGGUGGACCUAACUCCUGUGGCACAGUUACUUCAGGGGGAACUGAAAGCAUACUGAUGGCCUGCAAAGCAUACAGAGACAUGGCAUUUGAACGUGGGGUCAGAUACCCUGAAAUUCUUGCUCCUGUGAGUGUCCACGCAGCCUUUGACAAGGCAGCACAUUACUUUGGGAUGAAGCUUGUUCACAUUCCCCUUGACAAGAACACUAUGAAAGUAGAUGUAAAGGCCAUGAGGAGAGCAAUCAGCAAAAACACUGCUAUGCUCGUGUGCUCAGCGCCUCAGUUUCCACAUGGAAUUAUGGAUCCCAUUGAGGAAGUAGCCGAGCUGGCUGUACGCUACAAUCUCCCGCUGCAUGUGGAUGCCUGUCUAGGAGGUUUUCUCAUUGUCUUUAUGUCCAAGGCGGGUUACACACUUGCCCCAUUUGACUUCAGGAUAAAAGGUGUUACCAGUAUAUCUGCAGACACCCACAAGUAUGGCUAUGCCCCCAAAGGUUCCUCAGUUAUCCUCUACAGUGAUAAAAAAUACCGUCACUACCAGUACUUUGUUGCUCCAGAUUGGCAAGGGGGAAUCUAUGCCUCCCCCUCUGUUGCAGGCUCCAGGCCCGGGGGAAUCAUCGCCGCCUGCUGGGCAACCAUGAUGCACAUGGGAGAAAAUGGAUACAUAGAUGCCACCAAAAAAAUCAUCAGCACCGCACGCAAAAUCACAACAGAAGUGCGUAACAUCAAUGGUUUGUUUGUGUUUGGAGAUCCGGAGGUUUCAGUGGUGGCAAUAGGCUCGGAUGUUUUUGAUAUUUUCCGCCUGUCAAAUGCCCUGACGUCAAAGGGCUGGAACCUUAAUACCCUCCAGUACCCAUCGAGCAUCCACAUUUGUUGCACAGUUCUUCACACAAAGCCCGGUGUUGCUGAGCAGUUUAUCCUGGAUGUCAAAGAGCAGGCGGCCAUUAUCAUGAAGAACCCCAAAGAGAAAACCACAGGAAUGGGAGCCAUUUACGGCAUGGCCCAGUCCAUUCCGGACAGAUCAAUGGUGACAGAGAUUUCCCAAGGUUUUCUGGACUGUCUCUACAGCACUGAGGUACCCAAGUCAAGCACCAGCCACAUGAAUGGCAACGGCAAAGCCCACUGAGGUGCUCCUGACCUACUCCAAUUGAAUGCAGGGAAAAACUCUCAACUCUUUCCAGAGCUCUGAGUUAAUAGCUCAACGGUUGCCUUAUAUGCAUAUGUAUGGCAUACAGAAGAAAGAUCCUUUAAGCACAAGCCAUCAUCCAUUUAAGCAACCUGGUUGGAAAUCACUUUAAACAGUGUGCAUCAAUUAGCACAGAAAAGAAGUGACUCAUUCAAAACAGUUGUAUUCCUUUGAUUUUAUUCAUAGAUUGGAAAUGUGUUUUUGUUUUAAAAGUUAAUUUCCUUUUUAGUGUUUAUUAAAAGCGUAUGUCAGUCAUAAUCUCCAAUGAUUGAAGAGGAAAGCUCUUUUUUUAACUGCCUUAACAUUUCAGUUUUCUUUGAUCUCCAAUUCAUUAUUUGUUAGGAUAAUGCAAAAACACACAUCUGCCUGUUGUACCUGAAUGUUUGUUCAAAGUGCGGUGCUGCCCUCGAGCAUUAGAUCUGAUGUACUGCUUCACAAAGGCUCUACAUGAACAGGAUUGUUGAAGCCGCAGUUACGAUUGUCAUUUUAGAGGUUUCCUUUGGAAACAGAAGAGCAUGUCCUAACAUAAAAACAUAUCAGAUAAAUCUGUUAUCACUUGAAUCUGACAUUAUGGUAGUUUGUCUGUAAGCAUGUUCAUACAUGUCUGUGUUUUUAAUGCUUAGAAUGACAAUGUUUUGUUUUAAAGACUGUAUUCAUGACCAUUCCCCAGAUGUGCGAUUUGUAGACAGAGGGUGAAUGAUUUAAAUAUUGGGAGCUUUAGAUCUGCCACAGCUUGUCAGUCAAGUUGAUGAUUUAUUGUUAUCAUUAUCCAAAAUGUCUCCACACAAAAGCUGGCUUUUAAAAGUAAAUCAAUAGAAUUUGACUUUUUUAACAAACUGGGCUGAAGAAUGUUUUCUGUAUGUUAUCAAGAAGCAAAAAUCUAUUUCCCCCUGGUGCAACAUCUUGCUUUAAUAAUUGUCUCUUUACUUAAUCUACCUCAGGUUCUACUGAAUGCAAAUGUCAUGUUUUAUUCAUUGCAAUCUAUUCUAACAGUGCAACUGUUUUUUUCCCACAUCUUAUAUAAUAAAGGGCACUAUAUUAGUACAUUUGAGUCGUACAUUUGAGUCGACAAGAUGUAGAAAGGUGUUCUUAAAGUGCGACUAAAUGGAAUAAAAAAACUGUAAAUGAGGUUUUCUAUUCUCAGACAGAUUCUUGGUACAAACCCACUCACCUACUCUGAAUGUGUAUAUAUUUAACCAUUCAGCAGAAUAUGAACACAUUUACAACACUUACCAGUUGAGGAGUAUGAUAACACCAAAAUGACUUUGUGUUGUUCUUUUUUCUUUCUUUGGCUGUUAUAACAUUAAUUGAUAAUUUUGAAAUUAUUUCCAUGUUUGUGCAAUAUUAUCUCUUCCUGAUAUAAAGUGAAAGAAAUGGGAAAGCUCUACUGUUGAGAGAGAAAUCAUUAGGAGCAUACAGUAGUUUUGAAUGAUUUACUUUGUUUGGUAAUUUAACCACUUUUAAUUGUUCACCUGUUUAAUGAGCGUUUGUGUUUUCUAUAGUUGUUUUUUUUGUUUCACAUACCAAACCAAGCAGUUUUGAUCUAACUGGACCUUAAUGUAUUUCGAAUCUAGUGUAAUUUUACCUCAUUUAGUCAGUGCCUAGUUUAAAGACAGAGGACCUAAUGUCCCCACUCAUGAUUUUAGAUACAUACAUGAGCCUGUGCAUUACACUGGGCCCAGUGACUGGGUAUGUUUGCACGCCCAAACAAAUAAUUACAUUUCCAACAAGACGAAGUGUGUUCCUGAUAAACAUGCAAAAAAGAUAACAACCAAAUGGAAAAUAAAUCUCCUCUCAUACAAGUCCUUCUUCAAGCAUUCACUGAAAAUGAUUACAGACUUCAAUGGAUGGAUUCUUAAGAUUCCUUCAGAGAAAAUUGUGAAAUCAUUUUGUCCUCGUUUAUGUUGUUGCAGUUUGGCAACAUGUAGCAAUAAUGAGCAUUUGCUUCUGUGCCUUCAGAGGUUUGAACACACGUCAUGAUACUGGACUUGGGUCACUAGUCUUUCCAACAUACAGGCUGAACAGAGAAUAACAAUCACCUUACAAUGGAAUGUGUUGAUGAAAUUUGUCCUGAACAAAACCCAGUUACUCUGUCUUUUGAAGUACAUGAUUGCAUUAUAUUAAAAGGUCUUCUUGAUAUUCUGAAUGAA